AGCGUCUAGAACGAAAGUUUAUAUUUGUACUCUUCGUCUGCGAACGUUGCACAAUAUAUCUCGCAUAUCUAUCGCCAUGGAGGAUAAGAACGCAUCCGGUAAUACCGCGGCCGUGGAAAAUACAGCCACGGCCCCAGCAGCUAAGAAAGCCGCCAAAUCCAAGGCGAAGACUCAGCGUCCCAAGUCGACGCAUCCGCCGACCGCGGAGAUGGUUACGGCCGCCAUCAAGGAGCUGAAAGAUCGCAAGGGCUCGUCCGUGUUGGCCAUCAAGAAGUACAUCGUCUCGACUUACAAGGUCGACGGCGAGAAGUUCGCUCCCUUCAUCAAGAGAUACCUGAAGGCGGCUGUCACAUCCGGCGCGGUGGUGCAGACCAAGGGGAAGGGCGCAUCGGGCUCGUUCAAGCUUGCGACCGCCAAGCCCAGUCCGAAGAGUAAGGUGGUGAAGCGCGUCGUCAAGGAACGUAGCACGACCGCCAAGAAAACUCCCGAGAAGAAGGUCGCGAAGAAGGCGCCCCCGACGAAAAAAGCGACCGAGGCCAAGAAGGCGGCCGAGAAGAAGCCGGCGACGCCGAAGAAGACCGCCAAAACAGCGGCGGCGAAGAAGGUCGAAGCCGCGGCGAAACAAAAGUCCGCCGCUCAGACUAAGAAUCUGUCCAAGACCAAGAAGGCUACCAAAGCCCCGGCUGCCAAAACAAAGACGCCUAAGCCGAAAACCACCAAGGCGGCGGCUACCAAGAGUGCUAAAGCGACGAAGAAAUAAUUUUCUGAUACUGCUUUCUGCUUCCGCUACGAAACUGGCCCUUUUCAGGGCCCCAAAACGAUCAUACGUUGAAACAAGUCGCACAUUACUAUACCUUCAUUUUCCCUUCCUUUCAAAUCA